GCCCCAUUCGCCGAUGCAAGAAAGACCAAACGAUCACACCACCAAGCUAGAACCUAGUGCGCAACCAACCGUCCGAUCGCAGUGGAGGCUGAGCCAGCCGGAAUCACAGGAGCUACUUGCAAAACUGGAAUAUCUGUUCGAGAAAAGAAUCAUCCGCCCAUCCACGUCACCCUACGCAUCCCCAUUUCUCUUCACCCCCAAAAGGGACAGAGGCCUGCGGAUGUGUACGGACUACAAAGCGCUAAACAAUAUUACCAUUAAGUCUCGUUACCUGCUUUCGCGAGUUGACGAUCUCAUAGACCAACUUCGUGGGGCUAAAAUCUUCUCGAAAAUAUACAUGCGAGGAGGGUACCACCAAAUCCACGUCGCCGAAGCUGAUAUUCCGAAGACUGCAUCUCGUACCCACUACAAGAGUUAUAAGUGUACAGUGAUGUUGCUUGGGUUGACGAACGCGCCCUCAACUUUUCAACCUGACCAUGAAUGAAGUCUUCCGCUCGCUAAUGGACAAG